GAGCCACGCAACGGCAUGGCCGUCUCUCACUUUCAUAGAGUAAUCGAGGGGCCCCCGCGAAGCCGUGACGAGCAUUGCAUCGAGCUGGUGGUGCCGUGGAGGGCAGUUCUACUGGGGACGAUGGUCGGGUCCUGCCCGAUCCGUUGCCUAGGCCGGCACGCGGGCUGGUGCUGCGGACCGGGCCAGGCACGGCCCAUUGUCCAGCCGCUCAGUGCACAAAGAAAGUUUGUUUCAUUUCUGGAAGCCACAAUUAGACGAGGAAUUGUCCCGGCGCUUGAAGCACGCCAAGCGUCGUCGCCCCGCACCAUUUGUCUCCUCCUCUGCCUCUCCGCCACGACUAUGGCGGAAGACGGUGCAGAUGGCAAUCCCCUCCUCCCCCGCGCCGCCCUCAGAAGCAGGUGCUUCUGCCUUCCCUGUAAGAUCCCCUCACCGGCCGCCAGCUUCAGACUCAAGACCUCGGUUUGGGCGGAGCUGGGGGGAUCCGUCGGUGACCUCGGCACUUACAUCCCCAUCGUCCUCGCUCUCUCCCUCGUUAACCACCUCGACCUAGGCACCACCCUCAUCUUCACCGGCCUCUAUAACGCGGUCACCGGCCUCCUCUUCGGCCUCCCCAUGCCCGUCCAGCCCAUGAAGUCAAUAGCCGCCGUCGCCAUCUCCGAAUCCUCGGCCCAUCUAUCUGUUCCCCAGAUCAUGGCUGCCGGCAUCUCUACCGCGGCCGUCCUCCUCUUCCUCGGCUCCACCGGCCUCAUGUCUGUCCUCUACCGCUUCAUCCCCCUCCCCGUCGUCCGUGGUGUUCAGCUCUCCCAGGGCCUCUCUUUCGCCUUCUCCGCCAUCAAAUACAUUCGUUACGAUCAGGACUUCGCCGCUGGUAAAUCCCUUGGUCCCCGCCCUUGGCUCGGCCUCGACGGUCUUAUCCUCGCCCUCUCCGCCCUCCUCUUCGUCGUCCUUGCCUCCGGAUCCGGCGACGAUCCGCCUAACCAAACCCCGAAUCCAUCGAUUCCCCAUCGGAGUCGAAUAUCUUCUUCCUGGAUCCCGGCGGCGCUGCUGGUGUUCGCGCUAGGCGUGGCCCUCUGCUUCGCCCGUGACCCCUCCAUCCUUGCCGACCUCAAGAUCGGCCCCUCCCCGAUCCGUAUCGUCCGCAUCACCUGGGAGGACUGGAAAGUGGGCUUCGUGCGGGCGGCAAUCCCGCAGAUCCCACUCUCGGUGCUCAACUCAGUGAUCGCGGUGUGCAAGCUGGCGACGGAUCUAUUCCCGGUGAGGGGGCAUGAGGUCUCGGCGACGGCGGUGUCGGUGAGCGUGGGGGCCAUGAACCUGGUGGGUUGUUGGUUCGGGGCGAUGCCGGUGUGCCACGGCGCCGGUGGGCUUGCAGGGCAGUACCGUUUCGGGGGCCGGAGCGGGGCGUCGGUGCUGUUCUUGGGGGUGGCGAAGAUGUCGUUAGGCCUUCUCUUUGGCAGCUCGUUCGUGCGGAUGCUGAGCGGGUUCCCCAUCGGCAUCCUCGGCGUCCUGCUGCUCUUCUCGGGGAUCGAGCUGGCCAUGGCAUCAAGGGACAUGGGCGACAAGGAAGAUUCGUUCGUGAUGCUCGUCUGCACGGCCGUGUCGCUGACCGGGUCGAGCGCCGCACUGGGCUUCGGGUGCGGCAUCGCCCUCUUCCUUGUACUGAGGUUGCGCGAGGUGGAGUGGCUGCGCCACUUGAUGCCAUCAACCGCCGCCGGAACUCCCGCCGAGUGAGACUAAGCGAGGCACGAGAUUAGCGUUCGCUUGGAUGCCAUGAUGGCGUAUAUGAUUCUUCUUGCACAGAUCAGGUGGCACCUCAUUAUCUCGAUUGGAAUUUGAAACAAUAAAGUCAUAAUUUGUGAUUUAGGGAGAAAAUCGAAUCCAUUUCAUCAUUAUAAUCUCUUGUUCAUAUUGAACAUUUCUAUAACUUUGUUAGUGCUAUGUUAUUAUGGAACAGAAUAAUUAUGUAACACUUUUUGUGUUAUUUACUGGUGACUUUUCGUAACAAAA